AUGUCAAUGAAGAGUAGAGGUACGGCGGGGGAAUCACAUUCAAAAGCUUCUGUUUCAAGAAGUUGGGUGCUUUUGCUUUGUCUUGCCAGCUUUUGUGCUGGAUUGUUCUUCACUAACAGGAUAUGGCUGGUGCCUGAGACAACGGAUAUUGCAAUGAAAAUGAAAAGCAAAGUCGAGGCUGAAAGAAGACACUGGGUUUCUCAGGCUUUAAAUUCAAAACUUAAUCUUAUAGGUCAUGAAUCCAACAACAAUUCUGGUGAACUUCUAAAUGCCCAUCAUGCCAACAAAACUCUAGGUAGCAUAAUCAGGAAAUUUCCCUGUGAAACAGCUGUUGGACAAACAGGAAACACAUCUCUGCUGAAGGGCUAUUCUGCUUCAACAAACCAAAAGGCUGCCAAUUCUAAAAGAAAAUAUUUCAUGGUUAUAGGAGUUAAUACAGCUUUAUAUAGUCGAAGUCGAAGAGAUUCUCUGCGACAAACUUGGUUCCCUCGAGAAAAGAAGCUAGAGGAAGAGAAGGGCAUUGUCAUAUGUUUUGUUGUUGGUCACAGUUCAACAUCUGGUGACGCUCUUGACAAAGCUAUUGAAGCAGAGGACAGAGAACAUGGAGACUUCUUGAGGCUGGAACAUGUUGAGGGCUAUCAUGAGUUGUCAGCAAAAACAAAGAUAUAUUUUGCUACCGCUGUCACUUCGUGGAAUGCAGAUUUCUAUGUCAAAAUAGAUGAUGAUGUUCACGUAAACAUAGGAAGAUUAUCAAGGAUUCUGCAUAAUCACCUUAACAAGCCACGGGUAUACAUUGGUUGCAUGAAGUCUGGUCCCGUGCUUUAUGAGGAGGGAGUGAAGUACUAUGAACCGGAGUACUGGAAAUUUGGGGACGAAGAAAACAACUAUUUCCGCCAUGCUACUGGACAAAUAUAUGCUAUUUCCAAAGAGUUGGCUUCCUAUAUUUUAGCAAACCAGAAUCUGCUUCACAAGUAUGCAAAUGAAGAUGUUUCGUUGGGAUCUUGGUUUAUUGGACUAGAGGUGGAGCAUGUUGAUGAUAGGAGAAUGUGUUGUGGCUCCAUAGAUGAGUGCCAGGUUAGGGCUCUGAUAGGCCUCGGAUGCGUGGCUACAUUCAACUGGAGAUGCAGUGGGAUUUGCCGGUCUACUGAGAGGAUCUUGGGCAUUCAUCAGCGGUGUAAAGAGCCUGAGAGUGUUUUGUGGGGCGAAUCAACUGACCAAAGGGCAGCAAGUUCAUUAAAUCAACAGACAUAACCUUCAGCAAGCUCCCAGGUGACAUGGUCUUUCCUUAAAUGAGCACAACACUGAAGGAAGGUAACUGUUGAUCCCCAUUCUUUAAAUGGUUGUAGUACUGUGUUAAUAGUUUGUUCACCAUGGCCUUUAAUUAGCUGCACAAUAAGUUUUGUUUAAGAGUGAACAUUAAUUAGACUGCAACAUAUAUGUAGACAGCUAUUAGAUUUUGAGCGACACUGCUUGCUUUUUUAAGUUAUUUCUGUCAUGUUUAGAAAUCAAAGCAUUUUUAUUAUUAUUAUAUUAUUAUGAAUGUGCUGUAUUACAUAUGCAUUAUAUCUCUAUUCAAGAAAAUAUCAAAAAACUCAUUGAAAUUGUUCAGAAACACAAAUGAUUGUUUAACAUAGCCACAUUAUGAUUCUGUUCAUUACUUGUGGCCUUUCUGAUGCCCUUCAAAAUUGUGCGCUCAAUCAUUUGCCAGCCAAGUGAAAUGAAGAAUUGCUUUUUAAAUAUAAUAAUAUAAAUAUAACGCACGAAUAGAAUCUCGUCAAACUUAAGCGUUUAAAUAGCAUUUUUGUAUGAUGUAUGCAUACUUUUGACAGUUGGGUUUUGCAGUCUUCUCAGACAGCUCUAGCUAAUCCCAGAAAAAAAAAAGGAAAAAGAACACACAAGAACAAUUCAAAGAACUGAUAAUGUGAUUAAGAAGAAUCUUGGACCCAUCCAUGUCGCUUUGUCAAAAAAGAGGGGGGCCUUUAUGUAUAAACCAAGUAAAGAAGGAAUAAAAGCUGAAUGAUUUUCUAGUAAAACAAAAAUAAAAAACAAGUUAAAUGACUUGUAAAU